ACGACACUGCAUUCGCAUCGACACCGGUCAUAUGUGUAGCAGUAGCAGUAGCAUCGCGCGUGCAUCCAUAUCUCUUAACCCUUAGCGCUCAACUCGGUCCCUUGUGGGUCUCCAGCCAGCAGCCGAACAGCUGUAGCUCUAGAGAAAAUCUAAAUUUAGUCCGCGGUGGUUAGUAAAGUCAGUUGGAUUCGAGUCUCUGUGAUACACGUGCUCAGACUUCUCCGCGUCGGUCGUGGUGUCUUCAGCCUUUGGCGCGACUUUAUGUGCAAAACGGUCCUACCGGCGUACCUAUGCGUGAUCGUCGCAGCACCUUUACCAAAGAGUACAUAAACAACAUCUUCAACCCGCUCACGAGACCCACGCGACCCACGUCCAGGCCUACAGACACUCACCACGCUCGCGUUGCUGUCGCUGCUGAAGAGCAACGCUUGGCGAACCAAGAGGCGAUAGAAGAGCACGCGAAGAUAAUGUUGAUGCCGGCCUCGAGUGAGACGGACUCCUUGGUGGGCAGCCUGGGCAGUCUGCAAGGAGUGCUGAGCUCGGCGGGGUCCCUCAACGGGUCUGGCGUCCAGAAUAAGGACACCACGUGGACCAAGCUCUUCGUCGGAGGGCUGCCGUACCACACCAGCGACAAGUCGCUGCGAGACCACUUUGCUGUGUAUGGGGACAUCGAGGAGGCUGUGGUUAUAACUGAUAGGCAGACGGGGAAAAGUAGAGGAUAUGGAUUUGUGAUAAUGGGUGACCGAACAUCAGCUGAAAGAGCCUGUAAGGACCCCAACCCUAUUAUAGAUGGCCGCAAGGCGAAUGUAAACUUAGCAAUAUUAGGAGCCAAACCAAGAGGAAAUGUUCCAACUGGUUUUCCAUUUCAAAGUGUGAGGGCAGGUGCUUACCAAACCCUUCUUCCCAGCCAGUAUGGGAGAGCUCAUCUCGCUGUACCAUUUUCUUCGGACUUUACACCUCUAUACCUGUACAUCUUUUUCGAGCAUAAUUUCUACAGAUUUGCGGCUAAGAGGGUACCGCCCGGGUACGUCUACCAGUCGCCGUACCUGACGGCAACAGCGCCGGGCAGCCUGGUUCCGCUGCAAGCGACGCAGCUGACGCACGCAGCCGCAGUAGCAGCGGCAACGUCGCAGUUCUACGAGUACCAGAACGCAGCCGCAGUGGCAGCUGCUGCUGCGGCGCCUUACACGGGGCAGUACGCCAAUGGGUUCGAUGCCUACACGCCCUAUACAGGGGCAGCAGGUGCUGCAAGUUACAUGCCUUACACAUAUGCGACUCUUCCUCAAACUCCAGGUUUGCCCGCAGGAACUGCAGGAGCUUUCCCUGGUAUUCCCUAUCAGACAGCUGCUCAAGCUCAAACAUUGCAGGAAGCCAGAUUGCAGUAAAUGCGGUCUAAGUGUAUGUAAACAUGUUCCAUGUUCCAUUGUGACAUAAGUGAUUAUUUAUCAUGAUAUUGAGACAAACUGAAAAUUUAAAAAAAAAGCGACAUGAAACUAUUCUAGAAUGUUUCAAAAUUUCAGUUUUGUUGUAGUGUCCUUCAUGAGUAGAACUCAGAAGCGCAGUAUCCGAUAUUUCUAAUGAAUAAUGAAUAUAUUUAGUGAAUUCACGAAUAUUUUAGGAACCCAUUUUUGUUAUUACCGAAAAUAAGAUAUUCAAUUAAGGACAAUAUGCACUAAUUCACAAUAAAUUGUAAAACUAUAGCAAGUACUCCAUUUGUUUCAAAAAUGCAUUUGCCAUUGAAUCUAUUCACAUUUGAAAACGAUAAAUAUAAUUAUAUGGUAGAGAAAUUGUGAUGUAUUGCUAUUGUCCUUUCGGAGAUAAUUCAUUAUUGAAGUGAAGUAAAUUCAGUGAGUUACCACUAGUAAUGAAUUAAUUAAUGCUCAAUAAAAUAACAGACUUCAAAAUUGCUCCUACUUUUGCAGGAAGUUUUUGUUGAAAACUGCAAGAGAAAGUGCAAUAAUGAAAAAUCUAUGAAGAUAUUCAAGUAGACUAAUAAUUUGUUUCAAACUAUAUAGUUCUAGUCUUGGCAUGAUAGUACUUAAAUAAUAUAUUUAUAUUAGUAUGUAAGAUAAACCAAAAAUAAAUAUACUAGAUCAUUAGAUGAAUGCAGUACAUAGCAAUGGUAUAGUCAAAUGAAUAUAAUCUUGGCAUGUACGUCAUAACCAGUAAACCUUUGGCGAUCGAGUUUCUUAACGUGAAUGGAGGAAAAUGAAGUACUCACUCUAAUAUAGAUGGUUGUGAAAUACAAGCCAAGAUAUUCAACGCUAUACAUUGAACAUACAUAUAUGUAUGAUAAUAUGUAUAUAUAGAGUGAGUUUCUCAAACUACUUAUUAUAUAUAUAAGGUACCGAUAUUCACUGAAUUAUCUGAAAAUCUUUCCUUUCAAAACAGGAAUAAAAACGUAAACUUUCCUCACCUGUAUCAUGGAAAAAAAAAUGGUGAGCCCUAGGGUAAACUCCAUAUUGUCCGAUUGAGUCUUAUUAAUAAUUUGUAACAUAAAAGUGUGUAAUUUUACACAAAAAUUAUAGGUUUCAAUCAAUGAUAUAGAAUCCGUAAAAAAUAGGGUACUUACCUUUACUUACCUAUGUACUUAUUAGAUGUAGUUAAAUUAUUAUUUAUAUACAUAAGUCAUACACCUAGAUACUAUACUCUUCAGCACACUUAUAUAUUGGUACCUACACUUGUAUAAACUUAUAGCUGAAUGUAGAAAGGAGUGGAGUUAUAUCUUUUGGAAUACUAUAGUUUUUUUACCAAUACUUUCCUUUGAGAAAAUCGUGACCAGUAUCCCAUUAUAUUUUCCAUCAGUGAUGUAAUGGGUAUAAUACAGCUAGAACCUAUACCAAAUAGAUGUACAAAAUCUAAUGUAGGUACCUACUUUAUUGACGACCAGCACUUAUAUCAUAAGCAUAUACGAUUGUAUGUAUGCGAAAUUAUUUAUCUUUGUCCAGGUUUGACAAUCUUUAAACGCAAUAGCUAACGAAACUGAAUGAAACUGGUAUGUACUGAAAUGUACUUACAUAACAACUAUACCUUCAGGUAGAAGCUUAUUGAUGGAUUAUUCCAAAUUCUAAUAAGUGUGCCUUUGCAUAUCAACAACAGUAUCACCUAGUGCUGGGACUGAUGGUGACAUGUUUAUCCAAAUUCCAGAGUCAAUUGGAGCGCCUCGAGCUGCACGUGUAUUUACUUCAAAAGGAACUUCAACCCAGUGAACACAAACAUCCCUGGGAUGUUACAUUCAUAUCUCGCUAGGUAACAAUGCGAAAAAUAAGACAUCAUUGGUCAUUGGUAUUGCCAGAGGAGUCUUCAUAUUACAAAACAUUCGCAAUAUUCUGCUCCCUAACAACCAAGAAACUCACUGCAUGGGGUAAUUGUGCAGUUAUCAAUUCACAUUCUUGGCCACUUAUGUAACAAACCAAAUUAAUCAAUUUCCAUGUUGAAUGGGGAGUCGCUUAAUACAUUAAUGCGAGUUUUAUUUGGCAUCGUAAUGUGAAUCAUAAAGUGACCGAAAGGAUCCGGAAUAGCGGUCAAAUGUGAUUUCAGCCGGACUCUCAAUUCGAGUCACGGGCGUGUCAUGAAUGUGAUGCCCCCUAAUAUCUCGCUGGGAUCAUUCUGUGUUAACUGGGGGCCCCCGGACGGGCCUAGAAUACUAGGUAUCCACUAUGUUACUUUUGUAAAAUAGAACAAUGAAGUUUAAAUCAUCGUUAGGUACUUAUACUCAUGUAUAUCGAAUUAUAUAUCCACCUUUUGAGAGGAACAACAACCUAACCUAACUUAACAAUAAAAGUUACAGAGUGGUACCAAUACAGCUCAUGUGUCGCCAGUCAUUCGAUUUGGAUAUUUUUUGGUACUCUCACAUCUAUAGUCAAGUCAGAAUAAUUUAGGCUUCAAGGGUGAAUAAUUGUGAUAGAUUGAUAGAUAAUUCAGAAAUAUGCGAGGAGGUGCAUACACCAGAAGAUCUAGUCAGUAAAAGUUUUUAGUGUUGUAUGUUCCGUCCAUAUCGUUCAGUGCCUCGAAUUUCAAUGGAAAAUUGAUUCAACCAAAUUCAUCAUGAAUUGCAUCGUGUAUAGCAAUAACUAGAAGUACAAUACUUUAAUCUCAUUAGGGAAUAAGCUACUGAGAUCAUAUAUGUGAAUGGAUCAUUUUAUAUUCCUUAUGCUAGGUUUAUAGAUUCAAUUAAAUUAACAAUUAGGAAUCAACAACUCACAAUCAACAAUUAAUAAUCAUGAGGGUGUAUGUCGAAAUGAUGUUAAAAAAUGAUUUUGGUUUUCACAAUUCAUGAAUCCAUAAAAGAUAAUCCAAUAAAAUAUCACCAAACCACACUUGAACGAAAACAAAUCCUAUCUUUAUAUGUUCUGUUUCCAUAAUUUCCUAAUUCUUAGUUGUUAAGUUGAAAGUUGGCCAAGUUUGUAAUUCUUAAUUCUUAAUUUAAAUGGAAGGAGUAAAUUUAUAAACCCUCAUAGAUGUUUCGUUGUAUUCAACGUUUCAAGUUCAUUUGUUAGUUUAAUUCUUAGUUUAGUUGAAUCUAUAAACCCAACAUUACCUACCUUGGUAACUUUCGAAAAUGUAUCUAUAUUAAUAAUGAAUACCAAAUGUGUAGGAAGAUUCAAAUGAUUUCUCGAAAAUAGCAUCGCACCUAUUAUUUGGUUAACAUUUCUGAUAAUGCCUCUGGAUUUCUUAUGAAAAUAUCUGAAUAUUUGUUCCAAUCUACCAACAUCAAUUAGGAAAUCAAUCCAUGAUUUUUUGAGUCUAGUUUAAAUGAAAAUGUAUCUAUUUGUAAACCAUAAUGAUUGUUAUGACAAAUGUUUUGUCUCCUUUGAAAUAUUGUUCUAGAAAUCCUAAUUUAUAUAAUGUAGAAAAUGAUUGUUAUAUUCAAUUUGAAAUUAUUUUCUACUAAGAAUGAGAUAUACUUCAACCAGUUGAAUAAAUAUUUGU